AGCAACAGCCCCGGCCCACGGCAGCGCUCCAUGUCCAUGGACUUCCCCGGAGAUGGUAAAGACCUGAUGGAAGAGCGCAUGAAACACACGCGCGACUUCAAGGAAAAGGGCUACAAGGGCAACUCGCGCGGCAAUUUUAUUCAAGCACCCUUUGCAACGCUCGAGGAUCUGUUCCGCAAGCUGCCCGAGAGCGUGGGCUUCAACGUCGAGAUGAAGUACCCGAUGCUGCACGAGACGGAGGAGCACGAGAUGGACACGUACGCGGUUGAGCUCAACUCGUUCUGCGACACGGUCCUCCAGAAAGUGUACGACAUGGCGGGGCAGCGGCACAUAAUCUUUUCGAGCUUCAACCCGGAUAUCUGCUUGUGUCUGAGCUUCAAGCAGCCCAACAUUCCGAUUUUGUUUUUGACGGAUGCGGGCACGUGUCCUGUCGGCGAUGUCAGGGCGAGCAGUCUGCAGGAGGCCAUCCGGUUCGCGAGCAGGUGGAAUCUGCUGGGUAUUGUGAGCAACGCCGAGCCGCUGAUUAACAGUCCGCGGUUGGUGAGGGUGGUGAAGCAGAGCGGAUUGGUUUGUGUCAGUUAUGGGUCGCAGAAUAAUGAUCCAAGCUUGGUGCAGAAACAAGUCAAGGAGGGCAUCGACGCCGUCAUUGUCGACAGUGUCCUGGCCAUCCGUAAGGGACUGACCAGGGACCAAGGCAACGUCAAUGGUAGCGGCGGCAGUAACGCCAAAGAACUUCAGCAGAGGGUGAGGGAGGUGGAGGAGGCCAUCAAGAAGGAGGAGCGAAUCGAGGAAGAGGGUUCGUCUGCUGAGGGAAGCAGCAAUGGGGAUAGUAACGGUAACGGUAACGGUAACGGUACCGAGAUCCGGAUGACUACCAAUGCAGGAGAAGACACUGGGACGGAAAUCAAGGAGACCUUGAGGGCUUUGCGGACAUGAAGGAUGGCCGGGGAAGGGGGGUUUGGGAUAGCGAUGCCAGGCGCAUUUGAAGGGGAAGCGUUGGUUUUGGUACAUGAUUAUCAAAUUGCAAUAGCCAAUUUAGCAGUCAAGGUUCAAGUUGUUUGAGAC